AUGCCUAUUGUCCAGCUUAACGGCCCGGUCCUCAGGGUCGAUCACUUCGUCAUACGUAACAAGGGCUUGAGCUUCGCCUUCGCUCUGGAGAGAGUCAUCAACCCCAGUACUGGCGCCGAGAAGACCCUUACGGAAUACGAUGGCCCGUCCUACUUCGGCUACGUUGUCCUCUAUUGCGGCGUCCAGGAUGUGGACGAUGACGAGUUGGACGGCAUGGACGACUGA